CCGCUGCCCGCUCCGCUAUCUCCCGCUGCCUGGCCAAGCCUCGUCCGACUGCCCCGUCCGGGAUCCAGGCUUCACGAGUCGCUCUCCGCGCACUAUCCACCCGCCCCGGGCUCUGAACCUCGGACGUGCACCUGAGAGCGCGGCCGGAGGUCCAGGCCCGGCGGCGACAUGGGGAAAUUUCAGUCCAAGCACGCUGCAGCAGCCUGCAAGCGGAGAGAGAGCCCCGAAGGGGACAGCUUCGUGGUGUCCGCGUAUGCGAGUGGCCGCAAAGGCGCGGAAGAGACCGAACGGCGCGCAGGAGGCAGCGGCGGCGUGGAACAUCGCGCACGGGACAAGCAGGAGCUGCCCAAUGGGGAUCCCAAGGAGGGGCCUUUCUGGGAGGACACAGGCUCUCUAGAAGUUGUGCUGCCCCCUGAGAAGUCUGAGGGCCAUGAGGGCCAGGGGCAGCUCUUCAGCGUGGACGAUGGGGAGAAGGCAGCCACCCAUGAGGGCCCAUUAAGAGUCAACAAGAAGCACUUGAACAUUGAUGCCCUCCAGUGUGAUGUCUCUGUGGAAGAAGACAACCGCCAGGAGUGGACAUUCACACUGUACGACUUUGACAACAGUGGGAAAGUCACCAGAGAGGACAUGUCCAGCCUGAUGCACACCAUCUAUGAGGUUGUUGAUGCCUCUGUCAAUCAUUCCUCGGGCAGCAGCAAGACCCUGCGAGUGAAGCUUACUGUCAGUCCUGAGCCCUCCAGCAAGAGGAAGGAAUGUCCUACUGGCCAAGACCGGGAGUCCACUCGUGGCAGAACAGAGAGUGAGCUCACAGAGGACCCCCGAGCAGCGGAUAGAAGGCUGUCUACCCACAGCAGGAAGCCCAAUGCUGAUUCCCAGCCCUGCUCUGUACGAGUACCCUACUGUGUGGAUGAGAACACAGAGCGCAGGAACCACUACCUGGACCUUGCAGGCAUCGAGAACUACACAUCUAAGUUUGGUCCUGGGUCACCACCUGAGCAGGCCAGGCAAGAUCAUCACGGCAGGGCCACACACAUUCCAAGCAGGUCCCGAUCACAGGAGUCGGAUGCCCACGCUGUACACCACCGCAGAUCCCAGGUCCUGGCUGACCAUGUCGUACCAACUAAUGAGUCUGCUGUCCGGGCCCUGUCUGCACAACCCCGGCUCAAGGGGCAGGAGAAGCAGUUCCUCAGGUCACCCAAGGGUCCAGGAAAACCUCUUGGGGCAACAGGCAGCAGCAAGCCAGGGAAAACGCUCAGCUAUUGCCUACAGGCUGUCCCACUGCCCCAGGGUGCUCAGGAUGGCCACCACCUUCCACAGCCUCCACCACAGCCCCCACCACAGCCCUAUGGUCACAAGCGGUACCGGCAGAAGGGCAGAGAAGGCCACUCGCCACUCAAGGGACAUGGCCAGCCGACCAUGGUGGAGCAUGAAGCGGUUCGGGACCUGCCUCCUAUGCUGGGGCCUGAGGGCUACAUGGUGCCUGUGAUCCAGAGGCAUGAACACCACCAUCACCAUGAACACCACCACCACCAUCACCACCACCACUUCCACCCAUCCUAGCACCCAAACCAGUACUCUGCCCACAUGCCCUCAGGGACAUAGAGCAGGUGCUGGCAUGUGCCCAGAAGAGAGGACAGCAUUCCCUGGCCCAACACCCAGCUGCAGAUGUCGAGAUGGCACCAGGCUGGAUAUUCAUGGACAGAGCCUUUUCUCCAUGCCAUUUGGAUACGAGCACAUUUGAUGCAGCUGAUGACUCCCAGUAACAGUGCUCCUGUGUGAUUCAGACAGCCCCCACGUGAGGACAGAAAAGCAUCAGCUCCUACUUUUGCUGCUCACCGUGGUCCUGGGAUGUUCGAGAGACUGCACCUAGACACUCUUCGUAUCCUUUGACCUUUGGGUGCCCUGCAUUGUUCCUGGAACAAGGCCAGGAGCCAAUGGCGAUGGAAGCGCUCUGUGGGGUUUAUUCAUUAUAAAGUCCGCAGGCUGGGCUUGCCAAGUGGUUCUUCAGUGCACCACAUCCUUAGUUUCACACAUGAUGUCAAGCAAAGAAAGCAAAGAGGUCAGGGUAUCAGCAGAUGUGGAGGGGGCAUGAGUGAGUAGAGGGGCAGGGUGGUGUUCAGCGGGCAGCACGAGGCUUGGUCUCCAGAGCUUCCAGCAUCCCAGGUGGAUGCAGAGAAGACACAGACAGGUUGAGAAGGAUCAGCUACCACACUGGAGGCCCCCACCUAGGCUGUGCUCAUUCUUGUGCCAUAGCCAAUUGACACCUAGGUGUCCCUUCUACGAGGGCUGCAAGGGUGUGGGAACCUUAACAAGCCAUGGUCUUUUGACUCCACCAGAACAGGAUCCUGUAAAGGCAAUUUUUACCUCUUGUGAGUUUGUACAGGUGGCAUUAUGCCUUCUUAGCAUAUAUGAAAUAGUGCAUUCUGUAACAUGCCAUACCUUGUAUUAAAAUGGACUUUUCUGAGCGCUGUGGUCAGUCUAUACCUUGUAGCUACUG